AUGCGGUGCCGUAAACUGUUAAAUCAUCGCUCUUCUUCAGAGGGUGUUUCACCAGCUAUUGCGUACAGGGUAGGCAUAUGGGAAAUUUGUAGGUCGUUAUGUAAUCUGUCCAGUGCAGAACAACUUGGCCCACUCAUAAAAUUGGUGCAUUACCUUGAGCUGGGAGAUAUUCUAAACAGACGAUGUCCCCAAAAGACAGUGACAGCCUUCGUGACGCUUCGUCCCCAAUGGAUGGCUGUGACGAUGUAACAAUAAAAGAAACUUGUCUCCCUAAAACAGAGCAACAAAAUAAAGCUGUUAAGUGCGUGUCAAAAACACCAAAAGGGACGCCUUCCAAACACUUGGUGACGAUCGUAUUAUUCGUUGCAAUGAUGCUAGAUGUUAUGUUAAUGACCAGCAUAGAUCCCAUUAUCCCAGACAUUCUCCAUAAAAUCCACGCAAACCAUAUCUUCUUUACAUAUUUGAAUUUCACAGACGGCCACCUAAUAAAUGGAACUACAAACGAAACUGCAUACCAUUCAUCAUUUGGAUAUAUCAAACAAACAAAUUGCUCUAACGUGACCGAUCGCCAUGGUAUUCUAAAUGUGGAAUUCCUAAACAGGUCAGUCGAAAUACCAAGGACAAAGCAAAGGCAUAAACAAACACGAAUCUUCAACAGAGACCCUAUAGUUCACUUCAAGUGUGUCAACGACAGUGAAGACACAAGAAAUGAGUUCGGCUUCAUGGCAGUACAGACGGAAAUUGGGAUUAUGGUUGCUGGGAAACCUGCUGUUGAGAUGUUUACUAACAUUGCGGUUGGAUUCCUUGUGAAUAGAUGCGGCCCUCGAGUCCCUAUGCUGCUGGGUUUUUUAUUCACGUUCCUUUCAACCGUAGGUUUUGCGUAUGCUAGACGAUUCUCUGUGCUCCUUAUUACACGAAUGGCUCAAGCCAUUGGAUCCAGCUUGUCAGUUGUUGCAGGUUUGUCGUUUCUAGCAGCGGUAUACAAAGACGAUGCGGAGCGCUCGAAGGCUACGAGUAGAGCAUUUGGUGGGAUCUCGCUUGGAAUAAUACUGGGUUACCCUUACGGAAGUGCAGUUUACGAGUUCCUAGGAAAAGAAGCGCCGUUUUUGAUUUUAGCUGGAGUCGCUGUAUUGGAUGGGGCUUUAUUGGCAAUGGUUCUCGGCUGUUUCUCGCUUGGAGCUUGUGAGGGCAAAGGUACUGAGAAGAAAAAUAAAACCGGUUUUCUUAAAUUAUGUAUUGACCCCUACGUCGUGGUUGGUUUAGGUUGUUCUUUCAUGGUUCACUUCGGGUUGGGAGUGUUCCUUGCGACAGGACCAGCUUGGAUGCUUGGAGAGCUACACGCUCAGCAAUGGAACAUUGGGGUCGUAUUGGCAGUUGCCGUGAUCUUCCACUUUACUGCACAGUUUUUGACGGGUCUAUUUGCUAUUAAGCUAGGAAGGUGGAUUUUCUGUAUGGUCGGAAUGUGGAUUUUCUCUCUCGGUAUGGCUGUGUAUCCACUUUGCCAGAACAUUUGGGAGGUCCUCGGCCCUGAAAUCACCGUCCGCAUCGGCCAUGGUACUGUCCUCUGCGUCAUCAGUCCCUUAUUAGGCCACGUUGCUGACAUUCGAUUCGACUCCAAUUAUGGUGCAGUUUACGGGCUCUAUACGGCAUCAUAUAACCUUGGACUAAGCGUGGGUCCAGUUGUAGGGGGCGCAGUUGUCCAGUAUAUGACGAUCGAUUGGCUUUAUAGAACGACGGCCAUUGGAAUAUUUCUAUUUGCUUUUCUAAGUACAACUUUCCGACAUAUAGAACCUAAAAACUUUAACAAGUUAACUGCCGUACAAAAUUCAAAUACUGCAACUCAGAAAACGUAUGGAUCAACAGAUGCAAGAGAACAACCAGAUGGUGUAAAUGCUUGAUGCCACUAAACAACUCUGAAAUGGAGCUAGAGUAUACAACGAGCCUCAGCAUAUUGUAUUGGGGUUUAUAUUGGUUGAUACUUUGGAGUAAAUGACAAAAACAAGUGAUUCCACAUGAUAUUACGUGAUAACAAUGCUUGAAGAUGUACAAAAAUAGCAGAAACGAUGCGUUGUCUAAUGUUACCAACAAAAUCGUAUCGUCGAUUGUAUUGUUAAGAAUUAAAUUAAAUUUACUCAGCACUUACAAAUA